AUGCUCUCCGAAGAUCACGAAGAUUUAACCUGUCCCAUCUCGAGAGAAUUAUUACAAGAUCCCAUUGUAGUGCCGUGUUGUGGGAGAGCCUUUUCACGUGAAUCUUUACAUACGUACUUUGGUCAUGCUUCCGAGAAGACUUGUCCAUGUUGUAGAGCUGAUUUGAGCGAGUUUGAUGAACAACAGGCUCCGAAAAACGUAAAUUUAGCCUCUCUUGUAGAGAUGGUAUCUCAGGAGAAACCAUCAGUUGAAGGAACACUAUCAUCAAAUACGAAUGAACCACGAGCCAAGUUUGGUGCUGAAGCCGAGCACUUGGUCGAUAGUGAUGAUCAUGAUAUUGGAGUGGCCGAGCUCAAAAUCUCCGUCAAUGACUCGACUCUCAAUCCAAAACCAACACUUUUCAUUGUGUUGGCCGAUGUCUCUGGUUCCAUGCAAGGUCGACCUUGGCAACAAGUAUGUGCCUCGUUGAAACAUAUUGCUCAUCAGAGUUUUGAAAAUCCAGCUGUGAUUUGUCGAAUGGUUGCCUACGAAAGCAGCGCCAAAGAAAUUGAUAUGAGUGGAAGUUUGACUCAAAUUAUUGGUCGAAUUGAGAAAGCAUUUACAGGAGGAGGAACUGACUUUGCAAGUGCAUUCACAACAGCCUGUUCGAUCAUUAAAAGAGAAAGUGGUAAUCAAGGAGCAGGAGCUGACGAGUUGCCUUUUGGCCAUGUCGUCAUUGCCUUUUUGACUGAUGGCCAAGACCAGUCGUGUGUUGGUAAGCCAGGUGGUAUUGAUUAUCUUCGUAGAGAGUUGGACAAAGUUUAUAGAGGCGAUUAUGUCGUUCACACUGUUGGAUUUGAUAACAAUCACAAUUUGGAAUUGUUGGAUGCUAUUAGAAAAGUUGGUACUAUGGAAGGAGCUUAUAGAUAUGCAAAUUAUGAUGACAAUGACGAUGUGAUUUGUGGAAAGCUAACAUCAAUAUUCGAUACUGUGAGCUCAUCAAGUACCAUUUCUGCUGAAAUUACCUUACCUGAGGGAAUGUCAAUUCUUUAUGGAAACUCGGGAGGAAAUGACUCCAAACAGUCAGGUCAGAACACAUUUAUUGUAAAUAUUCCUGUGAAUCAGUCAGGUCAAGGCUCCAUCACAAGAUACAUUACUUGUGUACCAGAAUCAGACAAAACUGUUCAAGCUGAAUUACGAGUUUCUGGAAGAGAUCCUAUUCAACUCAAUAUUUUGCAAACCAGAUGCCCGCAACGAUUGAGAUUGAGAUCUCUUCAAAAAUUGGCGACUCAUCACGUGGAUCAACUUGCUGCACAAGCUCUCUAUUUGGCAAGUGUUGACAAGAAACAAUAUGGAGACACAUUAUUUGCAUUCCAUUGUGAAUUGUUGAUUCGAUGUGCUGCGUCCUUGAAGGGAUUGGAUCAAUUAUUGACUGACAAAUUGACAGUCAUUGAAGCCGAAUUGCAGAAAAUUAAGCUUGGUCAAGCUGUCAACAAGAAUGUUUUGAAUGACUUGAAAUUUUCAAGCAUGUUCAUCGUUAAACAAGCUCCAGAGGCAGAAGUAAAGACAAAGAAAGAACGUAAUAGAACUGUACAGCCACCAAAAUUCAAGAGCGCCGCCUCAGGAGGAAAUGGCCAAAUCUCCAAGUACAAUAUCAAGAAAAUCCAUUAUGUACAUGGAAAGAAACUCUUUUCUAAACUUCACACAGCAGUUGUUCAACAAAAGAGCAGUGAAUUUGAGAAUUACUUUGUUCAAGAGAACUGCAUCGCAUUGAUCAAUGAGAAGGAUCGUGAUGGAAACACUGCUUUACAUCUUGCCUGUAUGAAAGGUCAUGUUAAUGCUGUAAAGAUUCUGGUUUCCCAAGGAGCUGACCUUACCAUUACCAACAAGGACAAUCUUACAGCAUUAGACUUGGCAAUCAUGGCAGGUUAUGAUCGUUGUGUGACAUUAUUAUUGGAUCACAACGCUCCAACUGCUGCAUCUAAUGAUCAACUGAUGACCUAUGUUUUCGAUAGACAUUUCUUUAGAACUGCCACCAUACUGUUGAACAGAAAAGUUUGUAGAAUUACAAAUGAGAUUCGUAAUUUUGUCGAUGGCAAAUGCUAUGACUGGAUUGAGCAAAGAGAGUCAGCUUCUGUCUCCAAUGAAUUUCUUGAUAUGGCUAUCCGUAAAGGAAAUGUUGAGCUGUUUGAAAAAUGUGUGCAAUCAGGAAUUACUCCAGACGUUUAUCACAUGUAUUUAGCAAUGGAUUAUGGACAACUUGGGAUUUUCAAAACUCUUGCUAAAACUCUCAAUGUCAAUGAUAUUGUAGGAUACGAAGGAAAUUACGAAUCACUGCUAUUUGUAGCUGCCUCUACAGGAAAAUUAGAUUAUGUCAAAGUCUUGUUGGAGCAUGAAGCAGAUAUGGACUGGAGAAAUGUGAAUGGCAACAAUGCACUCUGGAUUGCUUGCUGUAACAAUAGAAUUGAUGUAGUGGAAGCACUAUUGGAGGCAGGUGCUGAUCCAAACACACAAAACAAUGAUGGAGUCGUUCCACUAAUCUCAUGUGCUCAGCGUGGUUCUUUCGAAAUUGCCGAGAUUUUAAUGAACUAUGGAGCCCAAGUGAACAUUCCUAAUAAGAAUGGUGACAAUCCAUUGAUUAUUGCAUGUAGAACAGGUCAAGCUGAAAUUUUGGAAUUAUUCUUGACUAAGGCUACUGAAGAAGAUUUGCAAUAUUGUGCCAAGAUUGAUGGAUUUAAUCCCAUGUUCUCUGCUGCUGAACAAGAUAGAGCUGAAUGUAUUUUAACUCUUCAUCGCUAUGGAGCAACUGUGAAGUGUAGAACCCGGCCUGACAACCAAAUCAUUCCAUACGCUACCCCUCUUCACUUGACUGCCCUCUAUGGGUGUGCAAAUGCUGCAAAAGUUUUACUUGAUUUGGGAGCCGAAAUUGAAGCUCAAGAUAUGGCAGGUAUGACACCUCUUCACGUGGCUAUGCUUCGUGGCAAUUUGGAAGUUGUCAAAUUACUCAUUUCUCGAAACGCUAACAUGUUCGCUCUAGACAAUGCCGGAAAUAUGCCUGGAGCUUACUGCCAAGAUAUUAACCCAGACAUUCUCGUGGAUCCAUUGUAUCCUUUCCUUGUUAGAAUUUCUCAUGGAGAUUAUGGUUUGCUCGAAUCCAAGUUUAUUGAUCUCUUGAGAAAGCAUGGUGUUUUACCAGGUUUUUUGCAACCAGGUGAAAUCACUAAUUUGAGAGGCUUAACAGCAGGAUGUGCUCUUAUUGAAGCUGUCAUUCAUGGAAAUGUCAAUGCUGCUAAAGCUCUUGUCGAAUUGGGUGCAGAAUCUUCCAUUAAGGACUCGUUUGGUAUGACAGCACGAGAUUGGGCAGAAGUCAUUGGAGGCAUGAUGAAAAACAUCAUUCCUGGAUCUCCCAAUGCUGAAAUUAUGAACAGACUUUCAUUGAUUACAGGCAAAGACAAACAAUUAGUAACACUCAUUGGAAAACCACCUCAACGAGGAGACUUGGAAAUUGUUACGCCCCGCAUUGAUGAAUUCUUUGAACCCUCCUCUGAAACUCACGAAAUUACUGUAGUUGAACCUCUCAAGAUUUGUGAUCAUCCAAAAUGGGUGGGAGGAAAGAAUGUUUUUCAAAAUGAAAUCUUUCACAUUAAGAGACAAAUUAUUGGACACAUUGCAAGUGGAUCCAGUAUUUCACCAAGAACCUGGGCAAUCUUGUAUCUCAUUGCUGGAGACACCGCUGCGAUCAAUAUUUACAAUUCUGCUCCACAAUCGUUCAACUUUGAAGAAACACCCAAAUUUGAAGGAGAGUCUUUCAUUUUCGAAUCCAAAGUGGACAGAACCAAAUUCGAACCUGGCUCUAUCAUUUGCUGGAACCGAUUUGUGGUCUCUAAUUUGAACUGGAGUAUUCCAAAACAAGGAACCUUAUUCUUGAUCAAAUCCAAGAAGCAUGGCGCUAGGGUAGCUCAAAAAGUUGUAUUUGGAACCAAUGCAAAAUUCAAGGUCACGCAUUGGUAUAAGGCCGAUUCUACAUGCAUUGCUCAAAAGAAUAUUCGUGUAUCAUGCUUCAAGAUUGACGAUACUGACAACAAAUUCAGACUUACCGAUUCGCCUAUUAUUAUUGAACUUGAAGAAAUUGAGGAAUAA